CAUGGUCCCUUUUUUUCUCAGGUUUUCAUGUCAUAUGUAUAUAUAUUAAACUCAGACAAUCAAAUGACAAGACCAGAUUUCAUCAUCUUUUUUCCUACAUAUUGAGUCCUGACUGAGUUUAAAAUGGAAAGAGGAGGAGGACUGGUGGUGCGGGGACGUGUAGAGAUCGAUACGAGGCAGCCUUUCGGGUCAGUGAAGGAGGCAGUCAUGUUAUUUGGAGAGAAAUUUUUGGCCGGAGAAAUUUUUGGGAAGCAACUUAAAGAGGUGCAGAGCAAGGCAAGUGGUGAACAGAACCAGUCUAAAAUUGAAUCACCAGAAACAGUUGAGCUUGAAGAGACAAAGCAAAACCUCCAGAAAAGUAAAGAAGGAACUUCCAUGGCACACUGCCUUCAAUCUCUAAAAGAAGAGCUAGAACUAACAAAAAGAGAAAUACAACAAUUGAAGACAAGAGAACUGAAGCAGAAAGUACCGUUAGUGCCGGAUAAUCCUGAGAUUGAUGAAGAGAUCAAAUUCAUCGAGAACCCGUCAUCCAAAGUUGAUGUCAGAACACAAUUUCAAGAGGAUGAUGACAAUGAGAUAGAGUUCAAGACAAAGAGGUCUGUUAAAUUUGCUAGUACACCUUUACUCACUAGGAUCAUUGUCAGCAAGGAUCAUGUAAAUAAAGAAAUGGAGACUAGUCCUUCACAACUUAAGAAGAAAAUGAAAAGGAAAAUAAGGCCUUUAAUCCCUUUGAUUAGUGGAUUGUUUUCCAAGAGGAAGGGAAAUCAAGAACAUUAAUAUUCAUAAAGGCGGUUCGAGCUUUGGAUAUGGAGUCAUCUUUAUUAAGGAGUGUUUUACCCCAUGUGGGACUUCCAUCACAAAUCCGAAUAUUGUUAGAUCCCCAAUACAGAUACCAAACACCAGGUAGAAAACAAAAAAAGUAAUCAUAACAGCCAUGCUAAGUUUGAAUUUUGAUGGCCCAUGACAAUGAGGAUAAUGGUAGAGGUCUUAAGAGGAGAUCUAUACCAUGGAAUAAUUGGUUGUUACUCAAAUAAGUUUUCAAAUGUUUGUUGGUAAAGUUCUUUAAAAUCUAGACAAAGAGUGCAUGUACAUCAGUUCAAUAUUCUUUAGAUAUGCAAAAUUGUACACAUUGAAGAUGUAUACAACAACAACGUACCAAGUGCAAUCACACAAGUGGGGUAUGUUGUUUUUGUAUAUGCGUGGAUUGAGAAGAUGA